AUGCACGGAGAGACCGAGGGAAGCUACGUCCCACUCGACUGGGAUGAGGAGGUGGCGGCCAAUGAAGGGGAGCACGAGCUUGGGGACGAAGAAGAUCUUCAUCACGUCGACCUGCAAGCCGCCGAGCAGCAGCCACAAUACUGGCUGGUGCAUAAGCUGGUCAAGUACCUGAAGGUGGGAGAUGAGACCUGCUCGCUGCUGGCGCUUGUUGGGCUCAAGGAGUUGCCGCUGACGCAGGACGUCAUACAGGCCGCACUGCAACGGUCGGGUGGAGUGAGCGUCCUCCUCAACAUUCUGCGUACCUGUAGUCUCAAGUGUGUGGUGGGAUCACUGCAAGUUAUAGAAACCGGCUGUCGUCACCCUGCUUUUCGACACGCUGUUUACCAUCUUGGAGGCUUGCAGCAGAUGCCACAUGUGGGCGGUGGAACAGCAGAUGCCACAUGUGUGCGGUGGAACAGCAGAUGCCACAUGUNUUCAAGUUCUACCAUGAGCUGUACUUUAUCAUCUAAAGAUUCAAGUUCUACCAUGAGCUGUACUUUAUCAUCUAAAGAUUCAAGUUCUACCAUGAGCUGUACUUUAUCAUCUAAAGAUUCAAGUUCUACCAUGAGCUGUACUUUAUCAUCUAAAGAUUCAAGUUCUACCAUGAGCUGUACUUUAUCAUCUAAAGAUUCAAGUUCUACCAUGAGCUGUACUUUAUCAUCUAAAGAUUCAAGUUCUACCAUGAGCUGUACUUUAUCAUCUAAAGAUUCAAGUUCUACCAUGAGCUGUACUUUAUCAUCUAAAGAUUCAAGUUCUACCAUGAGCUGUACUUUAUCAUCUAAAGAUUCAAGUUCUACCAUGAGCUGUACUUUAUCAUCUAAAGAUUCAAGUUCUACCAUGAGCUGUACUUUAUCAUCUAAAGAUUCAAGUUCUACCAUGAGCUGUACUUUAUCAUCUAAAGAUUCAAGUUCUACCAUGAGCUGUACUUUAUCAUCUAAAGAUUCAAGUUCUACCAUGAGCUGUACUUUAUCAUCUAAAGAUUCAAGUUCUACCAUGAGCUGUACUUUAUCAUCUAAAGAUUCAAGUUCUACCAUGAGCUGUACUUUAUCAUCUAAAGAUUCAAGUUCUACCAUGAGCUGUACUUUAUCAUCUAAAGAUUCAAGUUCUUCCAUGAGCUGUACUUUAUCAUCUAAAGAUUCAAGUUCUACCAUGAGCUCGUCAACCUUCCUGCCGCAUAAACUGCAGCGCAAGCAGUCACUGCAUCCAACUGCAGCUGCCACUGCUUCUCUGCUACCUGAGGCAACGCUGCUGCACAGUACCAAGGAUGAGGGAGGAAACAGUGAUGCUUUGGAAGGACAACAGGUACAGAAGACAGCAGCGCUUGGAAGUAGAGCCAGCAUCACAUUAGCCAUAAAGGACAUACGGGGAGACGGCAGCGGCGAUUCUAAUGACGGGGAGGUUGAUAUCGAUGAGAUUGGUUUGUCUGAAGCCGAACUCAGAGCGCGGGAGGAAGCACUUGCCGAAGAAGGAGGGUACCUGAAGCCCAGCGACUUGUUGGAAGCCAUCACGGCAACGCUCUGGCAUGUGGUCUGCUCACCUCAACAUGUGCAAGCUCUGUACAGUCUCGAAGCCAUUCCUGUAUUAGUCUCCCUACUGGAUCAUCCAAGCGAGAAGGUGGUUAGUCAGGCGGCAGGGGUGCUGGCGGAGGCGUCUGUGGUACCGGAAUGUUGUGAGCAGCUGGUGUCAGGUGACGGAGUGCGUAAGCUGGUGCUGCUACUUCGGCGUACAGCUCCUCAUCUACUGCUCAACGUCACUAGGGCACUCAGGUCCUGCGCUCUGAGUCGUGAGGCUCUAGCGGCGAUGCUGGAGCAAGAUGGUCUUCGUCUCCUGUGGUCGCAUCUCAAGAGCGACGACACGCGUAUUCAGGCGUCAGCCGCCAGUGCGAUCUGCACCUGUCUGCACCAGGAGCCGUCGGGGUUGGCCGAGGAAGUGCGGAGCCUGGGCGGUGGCAUAGAGCUGCUCGUGGCGCUGCUUGAGAGUCCCAGCGAGGCUGUGCUGUCGGCGGCAUGCGCUGCCAUUGCUCGAAUUGCCGUAGACCCUCGGAACCUGGCCAUCAUGACGGACUAUGGUGCCGUGACCUGCCUGUCCCGACUGGCUGUCAGGGAAAAUAGCACCCUCCGGCCCUUCUUGGCCGAAGCCAUCGCUGCUUGCUGCAUCUCCCGUGACACUGGACUCUUGUUUGGUCGGGCUGGCGCAGUCGCUCCACUAGUACAGUACUUGGAGACGAGCGAAAGCCAAGUGAGACGGCCUACUUGCCGGGCUCUCCAUCGUCUCUCUCUUGAGCCCGAAAACUGCGUGACACUUCAUCAGAGCGGUGCAGUACCACUUCUGCUGGAGAUGUUGAGUUCUGACGACGACGUCGUUCAAGAGGCGGCAGCUGAUUGUCUCCGUAACAUUAGACUGCUAGCGCUGCGUCGAUGUCGGGGCAAGGGCGUUAUCCCCAUCUUCGACUUUAAUGCUUGUUAAGUGUUAACCGGCAUUGAUUCACUUAUAUCUUUUUCGCUAGGGUAUAAUAAGGGCCUCUGCUCAUUUGGUGUUUUUUCAAUUUUAGACAACCCAUCGUCGAUUUACCUGAAACGAGAUUGCAUAUUCAAUGUUAUUGCUAUAUUAGCAUUAAAGUUUCAUUUGUUGAUUAGAAUCUUGUCUUGUGAUCAGAAGCAAAACAUUGCGAAGUAUUUGACGCUAUGGUUGAAAAUAUCUAUACGCGUAGAAUUUUAGAGGCAACAAAAUGCAAUGAAACUCUUUAUUAUUAUAACCGAAACAUGCUUUGAAUUAAUGUCAUUUGAAGGGUUGAAUGCACAUCUGAGGUAACCCUGCAAAAUCGGCACAUCAGCCCCAGUGCACGAAUAAGUAGGGAGUUACGGGCGCAUCAGCGCGCGUUGAGUGCGGCCUAAGAAUGUAUAGAAUGUUUUUUUUGGUAAACAUUUAACGACUCUAAUCAGCUUAUGUUUGCAAACCUGUGUUAUUCUUUUGGUGUUAUGCUAUACGCUAACAUUUAAGUAAACGGAAAUCAUUUUGCCUCUGGUAAUUAUCACUAUAGCCCCGAUUUAGCUAGACUUGACGAGCAAUUAUCUCAAAUUUGACUCUAUUUGAAGUUGAUGAAGUUAGGAUUUUAACUUAAAUUCUCUGUUAUGAUUCUGCCUGACUAAAACCAAGCUUUCUCUGACAAAAAUCGGCCGGGAAUAAGUUUUUUUAGGCUGCAGUCUUGCGAAUAGAAUCACUGCAGCUAAGUAGCGUAGGGAUGUUUUGAGAAUGGGACGCCUGCCGUGCUUCGAAUGGACUAUCAUGAUACCUUCCCUCAAUAAACAUAGCCUAUAACACUUCUCGA